AUGCCGUUCCAAAAAGGUAACAAAUAUGGUGGGAAGCGCAAUAGAACGUCAGGCGUUGCACAACACACUCCCUCACGACGAAUGCAAUAUGAGCUCGAAGAAGAGGAAGUUGUGUACGAUGACGACGGUGGGGAUGUUGUAAUGGAUGACGGGGAUGAUAUGGAGGAAGAUGUAGGCACGCCGGCGCAAGAUGACGACGAGGAAGAAGAUGAGGAUGGGCCUCCCACCAUCACAGCUAUGCCACGACGAAGAGGACGAGGGAGAGGUGGUAGAGCAGCUGGAAGGAGAAGCAUGAGAGCAGACCGACCAGACUACGGCACGCCACAGCCGCUGGACGGGGACGGCGAGGAGGGUUCAGAGUCAGGCACGCCGUUCCGGCGGAGGAGAGGACGACUUGAUGGUGUGAGUAGAGGGCGAGGGAGAGGUGGCUUCAGAGGUCGGAGAAGAGGGCCACAGGCCGAGCAAUCACGGGUCGUGGUCGACAAAGAUGGUCAGACGCUGGAUGUCAUGGACGAUGAGGUGCAGGUGGAGGACGACGAGGAAGGCAGCACCAAAGUGGAUGCCAAAGGCAAUCUACAAGGAGGUCGCGAGUAUCGAGUCCGCACCUUCAAGAUCAUCGGCCGAGACGAUCGACUAUACAUGCUGUCCACCGAACCAGCACGAUGCUGCGGCUUCCGAGACAGCUACCUCUUCUUCGCCAAACACCCAAAACUCUACAAAGUCCUACUUGGCGAAGAUGAAAAGAAGGAUCUCAUCGACCGCGAUAUCCUACCCAGCAGCUACAAGGGCCGCAAUAUCGGUGUGGUCACCGCGCGUUCCGUCUUCCGCGAAUUCGGAGCACGUAUUGUGGUUGCUGGGAAGCGAAUCAUCGACGACUACAAGGUCACCGAAGCGCGUGAGAAUGGCGAUGUGGAAGGCGAACUUGCAGACCCUGAGGAUAGAAUCCCAGAUGAUAAGAAGGAGUACGAUCGCAAUCGCUAUGUGGCGUGGUUUGGUGCCAGUGAGGUGUAUAGGAAUCUUGGGCAGGGUGCUGCGCCUGGGAAGCCGGGGCUGACAGGGAAGCGGCGGACGAAUCUCACGUACAGUAAUUGGCAGUUCAUGCAUGCUCGUGAGGCGAGUCGCUUCAAUUCUGCUAUUUCUGCUGUACGGAAAGCCAACCUCGACGGCGUAUAUGACACGCAUACCAAUAUGAUGUUCUAUCCGAAAAUCAUGCAGCCUACGCACGCGAAGUGGGAGCCAGUGCCUACCGAAGAGACACAUGCGAGUACUAGAAUCACGACCAGUGGACUAACUAACGGGUAUUACCACACAUUUGGCCAAAUCGAGAAAGACGCCAUGGACGUCGAAGAGAUCCCCCGCUCAGCCGACCCACCACAACAUACCAUCUUCUCCAACGUUCCCCCAAUCAUCGGCCGCAACUUUGCAGUAGUUGACAUGCACUACACCGCCUCACCCUUCACCAGCGCAGGCUACCCAGGCCCGGACGGCAGCAGCCUGGACCCACAAUCCGGAUCCAACGGCCUCAGCGGUAUACCAGACGACCUCAUCGACGAGUUACCAGAAGAUUGCCGACGAGCCUUCUUCGAGACUAGAAAGCUUGAGACACAGUGGCAGCGUCGAUGGGGUUCCGAGGCUCAGAGUGCCUGGCGGAAGGAUCUGAACAUUGGUCUGAAUGGGUAUCCGGUUUGA